GGUACGGUUAUCAAAAACGUAGAGGACCACUUCCCUUGCAAGGCCUGUGCAAAAUCGCACAAGGCAGUUUACGGUCGGACCUCAGUUUUGAUUGUGGCUUUUUUGCCGCUUAUAAAUUGGAUGCGCAACUUAGCAGGCAUCUUUCUUCACUGUCGCUUUUUAUCUCAUUUUAGUAUUUGCCUAAAUUUCUCUCACGGUUUGCUGCAGACCAGCACUGUUUUGUUUUUUCAUCAGCGCAUUCUACAACUGACGUUAUAACCGUAUCACCUUGGAAUCGAUUGAGACUUAAAGCAAGACAGACAUUCUAGUUUGUCUGUUAAUCGUAUGGAAUUCCGGUCAGAAAAUUGUUUGUUUUUCAGUAGCUUAUUUCGGUGGUUGCAACAGGACUCUAGUCUUCUAACCAGCAAGCCAGUGUCAGCCACAUCCGUACGCUGCAGCUAGCUACAAACGAUUGACCGUGUUGGCGAGAGCAGAGCAGUUCAGCCCAUUGAUGGAACACUGACGAAUUGAGGCUGGAGAGGAGAUCCACUUUGGAAUCUAACUGUAUCUUAUUUUGCCCCCAUCAUUCCAACGCAACAUCAAGGAAUCGCACGCAGAUCAUUUCGUGAAAACAAGUGCCCUGACGCAGGAGGGACCAUAGAGAGAGGACGCACUCUCAGAGACCACCAGCGUGGCUUCAGUUCACCCAGCUCUGAUGGUACCAGCUGAUCUGUGACACCAGCCAGAGGACACCCUGCCCCAUUCCCUUCAGCAUGUCUGGUCUCCAGAUAACAUGGCCAGCAGGCACCGAGUGCAUAGCCAAGUACAACUUCCUGGGCACGACGGGGCAGGACCUGCCCUUCAGCAAAGGAGACGUCUUAACCAUAAUCAGUGUUACCAAGGAUCCUAACUGGUACAAAGCCAAAAAUAUAAUGGGGAGGGAAGGUACCAUACCCGCCAACUACGUCCAGAAGAGAGAGGGCGUGAAAUCGGGAGGCAAACUCAGCCUCAUGCCGUGGUUCCAUGGAAAGAUCACGCGGGACCAGGCAGAGAGGCUUCUCUACCCCCCAGAGACGGGACUCUUCUUAGUGAGAGAGAGCACCAACUACCCCGGGGACUACACCCUCUGCGUCAGCUGCGAGGGCAAGGUGGAGCACUACCGCAUCAUCUACCACAACGGCAAGCUCACCAUCGACGAGGAGGAGUACUUCGAGAACCUCAUGCAGCUUGUGGAGCAUUACACCAAUGAUGCCGACGGCCUCUGUACCCGACUCAUCAAGCCGAAACUCAUGGAGGGGACUGUAGCUGCCCAAGACGAGUUCUCCAGAAGCGGCUGGGCACUGAACAGGAAGGAACUGAAGCUCAUCCAGACCAUCGGGAAAGGGGAGUUUGGAGAUGUGAUGGUGGGAGAUUACAGGGGGAACAAAGUGGCAGUGAAGUGCAUCAAACACGACGCCACAGCGCAAGCCUUCAUCGCUGAGGCCUCCGUCAUGACGCAACUACGGCACAACAAUCUCGUGCAGCUUCUGGGUGUGAUUGUGGAGGAGAGGGGCAGUCUGUUUAUCGUCACAGAGUACAUGGCCAAGGGCAGUCUGGUGGACUACCUGCGCUCUCGAGGUCGAACAGUGCUGGGUGGGGACUGCCUUCUCAAGUUCUCCAUACACGUCUGCGAGGCCAUGGAGUACCUGGAAGCCAAUAACUUUGUGCACAGAGACCUGGCUGCCCGGAACGUUCUGGUGUCCGAUGACAACAUCGCCAAGGUCAGCGACUUCGGCCUGACGAAGGAGGCCUCCUCCACGCAGGACACGGCUAAGCUGCCCGUCAAGUGGACUUCGCCCGAGGCCCUGAGGGAGAAGAAGUUCUCCACAAAGUCGGACGUGUGGAGCUAUGGCAUCCUGCUGUGGGAGAUCUACUCCUUUGGACGUGUGCCUUACCCCAGAAUUCCUUUGAAGGAUGUUGUCCCGCGGGUGGAGAAAGGUUACAAGAUGGAUGCCCCGGACGGGUGCCCGCCGGUGGUGUACGACAUCAUGAAGCAGUGCUGGACCCUGGACCCCGUGGUGCGGCCCUCCUUCCGCGUGCUGAGGGACAAGCUGCAGCAUAUCAGAGCCAAGGAGCUCUACCUGUGAGAGGAGGUGAAGGGAGGGGAGGCCUGCCUUUUCUCUGAUCGGGACCACACCCUGACUCCUGCACCAGCUUUCUGGAACUAUACACCCCCCUCCCCACUACCACCACUCCAUGGUGAUGAAAGAAUGAACACCACCUGUUCAUCCCAGGCCUUUCCCUCCCCUGUUCCUCUCUUUCGCUCGUUCUCUCUCACCCUCUCACUCUCUUUUCGUCAUCCCCUCCCUCCCCCUCUCUAUCGAGUUGCUGUACCCUUCUUUUCUCUUCUGUCCCUCCUUCCUUCUCUCUCUUUAUCAUGCACACUCUGUCCAUCCAUCUCAUUGCAAGGCGGGGGGUGAGGCAGGCCUUCUCCUUCCUAUCUUGACCCCUGACCCUGUGUGUGGCAUGCUGGGAAUCGGACACACCGCACUGGCGGAAGUGAGCGAGGCCUUCACUCUCAGCCAACGUGCCUCCUGAACUCCAAACCCCAGGGUGCCACGCGCUCCGUUACUUCGACUGUUGUGUUUUUUUAUUACAAUUAUUUUUUAUGUUGUUUUUUUAAUUAAUUUCUGCAACCUUCUACAUCUCGCUCUUCUCUGAAUGGAAACAAGAGAAAUGAGACUUUUUGAGCUGAUCUUUCCGGAAAUGUAUCGGUAUGUCCAAGACAGGGCGGCGCUAUCAAUAUGCAGGCUUUUUUAUAUGAAUAUCUAUAUAUAAAGGACACAAAAGAAGACAAAAAAACAGGACCCAAACGAUGCGUGUAGAGGCCUGGGGUGUGGGGCUGAGAGCGGGAGGGGGUGCAUGCCGUUCGGGGGGGCCUUCAGUUACUGUCAGUGCUAUUAAUGUUUGUUUCAUUAUGCCACCAUGAUUAUGAAUAAACCAUUCCAUCUGACCAGUUUGGAAAACAAACAAAUUGAAAAAUACAGAAAAAAAACCUGAAAGUC